CUCUGCUGUGGUCCCUUUCUCGAGCGCCUCACCGAUCUCGUCAUGGCUUCCCGGGCAAGGCGACGAUCAAGAGCGCUCGAUUCCGACGACGAGGACUCGCGACCCAAUACCCCAUCCUCUACUGCGCCCAACGACGGCAAGCGACAGCGACGUACAUAUGAAGCACCUAGCGACGACGACGACGAAUCCGGCUCCCAAGAUGAGACCUCUACUCCGAGUACGGCACCUGAGCCUGUUCUUCCCCGUGUUCACCCAACUUCUGCGCCGACGAACACCACCGCAGGCCGCCAGAGUGGCCAUCUGCCGGGUGCCAUUGUUCGAGUCAAAUUGACCAACUUCGUAACAUAUACUUCCGCAGAAUUCUUUCCCGGACCCAACUUGAACAUGGUCAUAGGCCCAAAUGGUACCGGAAAGAGCACACUGGUUUGCGCAAUCUGUCUGGGCCUUGGAUGGCCGCCCUCGUACCUCGGUCGUGCCAAAGACGCGGUUGAAUUCAUCAAACAUGGAUGCCGAGAAGCUACCAUCGAGAUUGAGCUAAAGCGAGCUGCCACCUCACCGAAGAAUCCCAUCAUCGUCAGGGUCAUCAAAAGAGAGGGAAACAAAUCGACCUACACGCUUAAUGGAGGCUCUACGACCGGGAGAAAAGUACAGGAAUUGGCGAACUCUUUCAACAUCCAGAUCGACAAUCUCUGUCAAUUUUUGCCACAGGACAAGGUCGUCGAGUUCGCUCAGAUGAGUCCAAUCGAACUCCUCGCAAGCACUCAACGAGCUGUGGCCGGUCCCGAGAUGAGCAAGAUGCACGAAGACUUGAAGAAGUUGCGCAGCGCUCGGAGUGAAGCACUGAACAGGAACAAAGCGGACCAGGAGCUGAUGGCUAAUCUCGAAAACCGACAAGAGAUGCAGCGUACAGAAGUGGAGCGGAUGCGUGAACGAGCCCUUGUCCAGAAGAGACUCAGAUGGAUGGAAAAGUGCCGGCCGCUUGUCGAAUAUGAAGAGUGUAGGGUCAAAUACAAGGAAGCAAAACAGAAGGCAAAGUCAAUCACACAAGAACUCAAGCACUUGAGAGCCGUCUCCAGUCCCACGUUAAAGGAAUUGGAGUCGAAGAGGAAAUAUGAGAAGGAGGUCAACCGUCUGAAGGAAAAGCGCAAGAAAGAUUUGGUGACAAGUGAGCGCAAGUGUGAGGAAGCAUCAUUGGCAAUUGCAGACGCUCAGAGCGCGAUCGAUGACUACAAGAACAAAUUGGAGGCAGAGAAGAAAACGCCGAGCGCAAAGAAGGGCGAGAUCAACCGAUAUCUGCAGCAAAUGGAGCAUCUUAAGCGAGCAAAGGACCAGCCACCGGAGCUAUUUGAUGUCACAGCCAUGACUGACGAGAUACAACAUUUGAAGAAUCAGCACAGGGCCGUGGAAGUGCAGAAGACCGACCUGCAGUCUCAAGAGGAAAGACUGAAAAGACAAAAGCUCGACAAUGAAAGACAGCGUGAAGAGCUCGAGAAGACGCUUAAAGGCAUGCAGACAGAAGCCGGAAAACAAGAGACGAAACUAAAAUCACUCUCCAAAGACACAUUCCAAGCUUGGGAGUGGAUUCAGAAGAACCGCACUGAGUUCAGUCAGCAUGUUUACGGUCCGCCCAUCGUGGAAUGCUCACUCAAGAACUCGACAAUGGCCGAUGCUGUCGAAUCUCUCCUUCAACCGACGGACUUCAAGAUCAUCACAGUCCAAAACAAGGCAGACUUCAUAAAAUUGCAGGGGAAGUUGUCCAAGGGCCUCAAGCUGCAUGAUUUCAGUCUUCGAGUUUGCCCUGUCGACAACUUAGACCAAGCACGUCGUCCUUUGGCCGCGGAAGAGAUGGAACGGUUCGGCUUCACUAGUUGGGCGAUAGAUCACUUGGAAGGUCCUGGAACUGUUUUAGCGAUGCUCUGCGCAGAAAAGAACCUCCACCGAUGUGCGAUUAGCUCGAGGGAGCUUAGCCAGCAGCAGCAUGACCAGCUUGCUGCAACAAGCAUAUUCGGCUACGUUGCUGGGAGGAAAGUAUACCAAUUCAUGCGCCGAGCAGAGUACGGUACUGCUGGAACUUCCUCCCGGGUGAGCGACGUUCGGCCCGCCAAAGUCUGGACCGACCAACCUGUGGAUAUGGGAAGACAGGCAUCUAUCCAACGCGAAAUGAACGAACUGUUGGGGGAGAAGCAAAUCAUUCAGGACGAGCUUCAGAACACCAAGAACGAAAUCGAUCGGCUUAAAUCAAGAAUGGCACAACUGAAAGAAGAAGAGUCUCAAAAACGAGAGGAAAAGGAGCGAAAGCAGAGAGCUAAGGCGGCAUACAACAAGCUCGACGCUCAAAUUGAAGAGAAGAAGGAGAAAAUCAGGCAUGUGGAGAAGUCAUUGGCAGAGGCCAAGGAACUUGUCAAAGAACUGGUUGCUAGGUGGUCAGACGCUCUAGUGGCGAAGUCCGAAGCAGUUCUUGCAUUCACAUCUGCCGUAGCCGAUGUUAAGGUCAAGUCGUCUGCGUUACUCGAGGCUGAGGUUCUUCACAUCGAAGCCUCUUCAGAUCUGGAGGCAUUGACCGCUCAAAACGAGCAGGUUGUGCAGACCAUUCAAUUGAAGGAGGCAGAAGUGGCUGAUGCAACCAAGGCCCAUGAAAUACACCAUAAACGAGCGAGAGAGCUCUUUGUGGGUUGCGAGAGGAUCCACGCCGAGGCUCAGAAGCUCGAGCAAGACGAGAAUGACAGUGGCUUCGUUCACAUAAUCCAACACAUGGCCUCGGACGUCAAGACUCUGGAAAGCCUCGAGGGCGAAAUCGACGCCGAAAAGGCCAAGCUUGAACUUACUGAAGGCGGCAGUGCUAGCAUAAUCAAAGAGUACGAGGACCGCGCCAAGGUCGUUGAGAAACUGCGAGCAAAACUACAAGAUGAAGCACAAAAGCAAGCGGACUUCAAUCACAGCAUUCAGGAAAUACGAGCCAGAUGGGAAGGACGACUGGAGGCUGUUGUUGCACGGAUCAAUGACGCCUUUUCCGAUUCCUUUGCCCGCAUUGGAUGCGCCGGGCAAGUUGCCGUGUACAAAGCGUCUUCUGAUAUGCCCGCCGACUGCACUGAAGAGAACGGCGGAGCUGACAACGGACUUGAUUUUGCCAACUGGGCGAUUCAUAUUAGUGUCAAGUUCCGUGAGCAAGAACCCCUCAGCCUUCUUGACAGUCAUCGACAAUCCGGCGGUGAAAGAGCGGUCAGCACGAUCUUCUACCUCAUGGCUUUGCAAAGCUUGAGUCGAGCACCUUUCCGUGUGGUGGACGAGAUCAACCAAGGUAUGGAUCCAAGAAACGAGCGUAUGGUUCAUGGACGAAUGGUGGAUAUCGCGGCGGAUGAUGGUGGCAGUCAGUAUUUCCUGAUCACACCAAAGUUGUUGAGCGGCUUGAAGUACAGACGUGGUAUGACGGUUCUGUGCAUUGUCAGUGGUGAAAAUAUGCCGGCAGCACGCCAGCAGGCUGAGGACGGUCGGUGGGUCGAUGGCCCCAAGGUCGAUUUCAGGGCGUUUGUGCAGAAGGCGAAGCAGCUCGGGUUUGGCACACCGCAAAAUGGCAGACGAGUUGAUUCUGGGGUUGGCAUGAAGGGAUUCGCGACCGCUAGUCAGUCCACAGCCGUUGGGGCAUGAUGAUGAGUGAUGAUGAGGGUUUGAAACAUGAGAGCGAAGGUGUAUUGGUGGAUGUUUUGGGAACACUGCAUGGUGUAUGGUGGCUUUUCAGCCGAGGCACACGGACAUUUCGCCCCAUCUGAUACAUGAUGGCCCUGUUGAGGUCGAUGAGCUCGACGAGUAGAAUCAAUAUUGACUCCGCAUCUUGUCUCCAACAUUGGAACUUAUCCGGUUGUGGACGCCGAUAUAGCCGUCGUCGUUGUACUUUUACC